AUGUCUGCAAGAAGGCGUCGUAUAGGAUUAGAAUCAGAGCAGAGUUUUAUCAGUGUUCCUACCGACGUCUAUGGCAGAAAUGAAACUGAAAUAAAUUAUUCUGAUUCACCUUUUUUCGGAACUUUUUCAGACAAUAGUUUCCCUUUUGAAACCGAUUUAAUUAUGGCUGCAAGGGAUAGGACUAAAGAGUUUUCAAGUACAAUCCAGAAUUUACAGUCUAGACAAAUCGCUAAAGCAUUAAAUAUAAGAGAAUCAAAAAAAUCUGUGUAUGUACAAAGUCAUGCACAGUUUAUGACGAUUGCUAGAGCUAUUGGUAAAAAUGUAGCUAACACAUAUUCCAAACUUGAAAAAUUAACAUUAUUGGCAAAACAAAAAUCACUGUUUGAAGACAGAACUGUAGAAAUACAAGAACUCACUUUUAUUAUUAAAGAAGAUUUAAAUAGUUUAAAUCAACAAAUUGCAGAAUUGCAAGAAAUUGCAAGAAACCAAAAAAAAAAUAAACAUGUUGAAAAAGAGCAUUUAAUUUCUCAUUCCUCAAGUGUUCUUCUGGCAUUACAAUCUAAAUUAGCUACUAUGUCAACGGAAUUCAAACAAGUUUUAGAAGUCAGAACUGAGAACUUGAAACAUCAAAAAAGUAGAAGAGAUCAUUUUUCUGACAGUAAUAUGCCCACAUCUAUAUCACAAUCUUCUGGGAGAAAUGAAAAUCAAGGGUCUCUUCUUUUACAAGAAGAACAACUCAACAUAAAUUUAAAUCAAGAUAAUAAUGGAAAUUUACCAAUUUUUCAAGCUCAAACACAACUAAAUUAUGACCAGACGAAUUCGUAUUUGAAAAAUCGUGCUGAGACAAUGCAAAAUAUUGAAUCAACAAUUGUAGAAUUAGGGGGAAUUUACCAACAGUUGGCUCAUAUGGUUCAAGAGCAGGAAGAAAUGGUGGAUAGAAUAGAUAGUAAUUUAGAAUCAGCAACAUUAAAUGUUGAAGCUGCUCAUAAUGAAAUUUUAAAAUAUUUUCAAUCAGUUACAUCUAAUAGGUGGCUUAUGAUUAAGGUUUUCGGAGUUCUAAUUUUAUGUUUUAUUUUCUUUGUUAUUUUUAUGGUUUAA